AUGGAUGCUUCGGGGACCUGCGUGUGCCGGUACUUCGCUUUCAUGAGUCGGACAGCGACGACGAGACUGCUGUGGUCGGCAAAGACUGGGGCAAGCACAAUGUGCACCGCCGGAAGGAUGAUGGUGAUGAUGCAGGUGGCUGGGGCGGGCACGAAGGAGAUCAGGUCUGGCAGCACAAUCCCAACGACGACACCUCUUGGCAAGACGGCGGCUGGAAAGGUGGCGGCGGCUGGAACGACCAGAAGGUGCAGCAAGGAGGCCACAGCCAUGACUCCGCCAAGACCUGGGACCAAGGCGGCUGGCAGCAGAAGGAUGACUCAUGGGAUGAUGGCUGGCAGAGCCAGGAAUGGUCUCAGGAGAAGGAUGGCCAGAGCUGCUGGGACUGGCAAUUUGACCCUUCUUCAGGACAAUGGUCUUGGAAGACUGACCAGUGGAAGCAGGAUGACCAGUGGUCUCAGAAGCAGGAUGACCAGUGGACUCAGAAGCAGGAUGACCAGUGGUCUCAACCUGCGUCUCAGAAGUGGGAAGACCAAGGCUGGCAGACUCAGGUCUCUUUCCACUUCGUCCAGGAAGGCCAGGGUGCUCUUGCUGCAGCUGGUGUUGGGGCGUCUGAAGACACGCGGCUGCUGUCCAACAAGGUCUAUAUCAUAUCCGGACCGUGUUUGA